GGCUGCGUUGAAUUAAUUUCGUACAGGCAUUAUCGCGACCCACCUCAGUUGUAUUUCUCAAGGCGGAGUUUGGGGGCCUAAUAUCUCUCUUUCCGCCGUACCCGCCAUCUUGUUGAGACCGGGGUAAUCAGGCAUCAUGACGAACACCAGAGGCAAGAGGAGGGGGACGAGGUACAUGUUCAGCAGGCAGUUCCGCAAACAUGGCCCGAUUCCCCUCUCCACAUACAUGCGCAUCUACAAGAAGGGUGACAUUGUUGACAUCAAGGGCACAGGUACCAUUCAGAAAGGAAUGCCUCACAAGUGCUACCAUGGCAAGACCGGCCGUGUCUACAACAUAACCCAGCAUGCUGUUGGCAUCAUCGUCAACAAGCAGGUCAAGGGAAGGAUCCUGGCCAAGAGGAUUAACGUGCGUAUUGAGCAUGUGAAGCACUCAAAGAGCAGGGACAGUUUCCUGCAGCGCGUCAAAGAGAACGAGGCCAGGAAGAUGGAGGCCAAGCAGAAGGGCAGCUGGGUUGAGCUGAAGCGUCAGCCCGCUCCUCCUCGUGAUGCUCACUUUGUCAGCACCAAGAAGAACCAGCCUCAGCUGCUGGAGCCCAUCCCCUACGAGUUCAUGGCAUAGAGAGCUCACCAAAUAAAGGAUAUUUGUACACACA